AUCCAUGCAUAAUUAUUAUACAGACAACACUCAUCUGUAGGAUCUCCUUUCCUUUAUUGAUACCUUUUUUUCGCUUUCAAUCUAUACUAUAUUAUGUCUAUUACUUUACACGAUUUAAUUUAUUAUCCUAGAACUAUUGGCUUAUUUGCAAAUGGUGUAUUUACUGGCCUCGGUAUCUGUAUGAACUUUGUUAGUGUUCCUUCCAUUAAAGCUACAAACGAUCCUUUACCUGUAUUUUACAAGACUUAUUCAAGGGCGUCCAAAAUUGCCAUUUUAAAUAUUGCUGUAAGCACUGUUUGUAAUGCUAUAUGUUAUUAUCGCACUUCAAAGAUAAACUUCCUCUAUGCCAGUGUAUUGUCUUUUGCUAGUGCCCCUUUUACUUUAAUUUUUAUCGCUCCUAUAAAUAAUCAAUUAUUUGAGAUGGAAAAACAAGGCAGUAGUUAUGAUCGCAAGAAGGUAUAUGCAUUGAUAAAUAAGUGGGAUAGACUCCAGUACUUUAGAACUAUUUCUGGGACUGCAGCUUUCAUUCUUAAUCUUCUUUAUCAUUAAAUAUAAAUAUAUAAAUAAAUAUCUUUACGUAUAAUAAAGCUCUCGUUUUCAU